AUGACUUCCUCUCUUGACCAACUCAAAGCCACUGGCACCACUGUUGUCUGCGAUUCAGGUGACUUUCACACAAUUGAGAAGUACAAGCCACAAGAUGCCACCACCAACCCCUCUCUCAUCCUCGCCGCAUCCAAGAAACCCGAAUACGCCAAGUUGAUCGACCCUGCGGUCCAAUAUGGCAAGGCCCAUGGCAAAACCAUUGACGAGCAGGUUGAUGCUACUCUUGACAGACUCCUGGUCGAAUUCGGCAAUGAGAUUCUCAAGAUUGUUCCGGGCAAAGUCUCGACUGAGGUGGAUGCUCGAUUCUCCUUUGAUACACAGGCUUCGGUGGAGAAGGCCCGUCAUAUCAUCGAGCUCUACAAGUCGAUUGGUAUCGACAAGUCUCGCAUCUUGAUCAAAAUUGCUUCCACCUGGGAGGGUAUCAAGGCUGCGGAGAUCCUCCAAAAGGAGGGCAUCAACUGCAACCUGACUUUGAUGUUCUCCCUGGUCCAAGCCGUCGCAGCCGCCGAAGCUGGUGCCUUCCUCAUUUCCCCCUUUGUCGGCCGUAUCCUCGAUUGGUACAAGGCUGCUAUGAAGAAGGACUUCCCUGCCAACGAGGACCCUGGUGUUAAGAGCGUGCAAUCCAUCUUCAACUAUUACAAGAAAUACGGCUACAACACUAUUGUGAUGGGUGCCUCAUUCCGAAAUGUUGGCGAGAUCACUGAGCUCGCCGGCUGUGACUACUUGACCAUUUCGCCCAACUUGCUUGAGCAUCUGUUCAACUCGACCGAUCCGGUGCCCCAGAAGCUCAAGGCUGAGGAAGCUAAGACGCUGGACAUCCCCAGGCGCAGUUACAUCAACGACGAACCCUUGUUCCGUUUCGACUUCAACGAGGAACAAAUGGCUGUUGAGAAGUUGCGAGAAGGUAUCAGCAAAUUUGCGGCGGAUGCGGUCACAUUGAAGGGCAUUCUGCGGGAGAAGCUUGAAAAGGCUUGA